UUAUCUACGAGACGGUUCGGCGUAUAUCUUGCAGAUGGCGGAGCCGGACAGCGGUAGCUGCGGUUAGCUAGUACAGGCUUUAUGUGUAAAUGCAAAGUGUUUAAUUAAAUCAAUUUUCAGAGCGUUUCAGAUAAACUGCGCUUUUAUUAUGUUUCAUUUUCACGUGAAAUUGUAAACAUAUUUAAUGCGUGACUUUUGUACAGUAUUUAUUUGAAAGCCUGUAGCCGGUUAGCAUCUUUGUUGGAAGUUUAGGCCUACUGUGCCAGCGCUUGUCGAUUUUAACAAUAGCUGCGAUACGCUCCAAUCGUCUGCCUGUUUCGUUGCAUUUUUAAGAGUUAUCUUUUAAACGACCCAAAAAAGACAUGGGAUAUAGACUGGUCUGGGUGUGUUUUAGCAAGUAAGACAUUUUGUUAUGUAGACGGACUUUGACUUGGACGGGAACUAAGACCUUUUGCGAGCUAGAAAAAAAAAUAACAAUCACAAAGGAAGAUGUCCAACGGCGCUACAGGAAGCGGGGAUCUGGCUUGGAUGGAGGCUGCGAAUGGCAGAGGGGAUGCUGGGAAAAUGGAAGGGGCCAAGAAAGGAUCCAAGUUAUCUGUGGAGCGCGUGUACCAGAAGAAGACCCAGCUAGAGCACAUCCUCCUCCGUCCAGACACGUACAUUGGCUCUGUUGAGCCAAUCACCCAGCAAAUGUGGGUUUUUGAUGAAGAGAUCGGAAUGAACCAGAGAGAAAUCACCUAUGUUCCUGGACUCUACAAAAUCUUUGAUGAAAUUCUUGGUAAGUGA